CUGGUUUCGUAAACAUUCCCAUUCCAUUUUUUUUUCUCCAUUUCACACUAAGUUAAAGUUUAUAAAGUGUUCGUGAAUGACUGCAAGGCAACUGUGACGGGAAAGGUGUCAUGUCUUCCCAUACUUCUAAGCCAUGCAUCAGUCCACCUCAGGCCAUGGAGAUACUCCAAAGAAUUUUUGGAUUGACAGUAUCCAAGAUGAGUUCUCUGCCUAGCUGUGAUGACCAAAAUUAUCACAUCAUCAGUGCAGAGGGACAUGCAUUUGUGCUAAAAAUCUUCAACUCCGAAGACAGCCGCAAUGCAGAGAUGCUGGACGUUCAGAUAAGUCUCAUGAUAUUCCUCAAAGAAAAGGGCCUACCCAUCCCAACUCCACUGCUGACCAAGGAUGGAAAGCGAAUGUGUCUCGUGGACACUGAUUGUGGGUCUGGACCUCAGAGCUAUAUGGUGAUUCUGCUCACCUUUCUUCCUGGAAUCCCUGGUGCUAAAAUCAAAUUCACCCCACAGCUAUGCUACGAAGUGGGCAGAGCUGCUGCUUCCCUCGAUAGACUUCUCCAGGAGUUCCAGCAUCCUGGUUUGAAGAGUUUGGAUCGUAAGGAUUUUAUUUGGAGCUUGGCAAACACCCCAGUGCUGGAGAAGCAUCUAAGCAUCCUGGGACAGCAAACACGGCAGCAACUUGUGCAGAACGUCAUCACACAGUUCAAGGAACAGGUGCAGCCCAAUCUGAACGCAUUCCGUAAAGGUAUUAUACAUGGGGACUUACAUGAUGAAAACAUCCUGCUGCAACAGAUCACCUUGGAUCACAGCGGCUCUGGUUUGCCUAAAGUGCAGCACCAGCAGUAUUACAGGAUCUCCGGCAUCCUAGAUUUUGGUGAUACAAAUUAUAGCCAUUUUGUUUUUGAAGUAGCUAUUGCUAUCGCAUACAUUAUGCUGAUUACUCCCGACCCCAUAAGUGCAGGAGGUCACGUAUUGGCUGGCUAUCAGAGCAUAAUGCCCCUCAAUCCAGUAGAAGCCAAUGCCCUCUUCGUGCUAAUUCUCUGCCGCAUUUGUCAAUUUCUGGUGUUGGGUCAACAUAUUUGUAAUUUGUACCCAGAAAAUAAAGAAUAUUUGCUUCAUGAUGCUGAAAAGGGCUGGAAUCUGCUGCGCAAUCUCUGGGAAAUGGACAAGAAGGCAGUGCAGAGACAAUGGGAAAGAACUGCCAAAGCAUACAAUGUGGCAGAAUAA